AUGCAGAAACCACCACAAUUGACAUGCGUCAUGUCAUAUGAGUCGGCCUGUAGUCUCUAUCAGGCUGGUCGUCGUGGGGGGGUCUACAGCCACAACUUUCAGUCCCAUUGGUACAACAACAUCGUCAUAACCCAGCAACGAGGAGCACGAGAUGGGUCACGAACCAAAGAGGAGCUUGAGGCCCAUCGAGUAGACUACCCCGCUCUCCUGGCAACAAACGAGUACCCUGAUCAAGGAUGCGUUGGCUUUUUGGAAAAGAUUAGGUCGCUCUCCAAAAUCGAAGUGCCUAUCUAUGUGGCAGGCAACUGGACAGAUCCAGAAGUCCAUCUUCCUGGCAACAUUCGCGCCUUCCAAUGGCGUUUCUUCAAAGGCAAAAGGGAGUUCUUGGACUACUUCCUUUUCGACAAAAAGGAUAACGGAAUGCUGGACGUGCCUCGGAUCCGGCUACUUCAGCACCAUGGCACCAAGACACUGUACCGAGAAGACAAGACUUCCUUCCCACCCUCCGAUGCAGAAGAUGUCUCCUUUCAUCUCACUCCCGAAAAGCAACUCUCUCUGAAUCACCCGGCAGGACAAAAGCAAAAAUUGUCCUACCAGGGCCACGGCGAAAACAUGACUUUCACACUUGAUUCUCCAUUUACCGAGUCUUUCGAAAUACUUGGAUCUCCUUUCCUUGAGCUUGAAGUCAGCACUAGUGCUGAGGACCUGGAUCUCUUUAUCUAUCUCCGUGUAAUUGAUGAGAACGAAAAAACGGUGGUAUUAAAGGGAAACCAUGGUGAGCCUAUGGAUAACUUCGCGCGAGGCUAUUUUCGCCUGUCACACCGAGAUGAAGUGGCCAAAGAUUUUGAUAAGGAGCGCGUUAUUUCCCAGCCUCCCACUCCCAAGUCUGACGUCGUUCCAGAUCAGAGAUACAGGGUUAUUGUGCCUAUCUAUCCAACAGCAUAUCUCUUUGACAAAGGCGAAACGCUUUCACUUGAGAUAGGGUCGGUUAAUACGCCAAACACGAUUCCCCCAAUGCGGCACGAGGGGGGCGAUAGGGUUGCAGAAAGAUUUGAAGGCGAGAAUAUUAUAUUGUCUCAUGGACGUCUGGUACUACCCCGUGUGAGACGCUAA